UGUUUUUUGGUUAGUUACAGUAAGACUAUAACUUCAGUUAUCAAUAUUGUUGUUUUGCCACAAUAAUGAUUAAACUAAUUGCCUUAAUGGCUGUGUAGUUUGCUAUUUUAAAGAUGUGUUAUUGGAUGUAUCACAAGAAGAUGUGAAAUAAGUUAAUAUGCAUCAGAUUUGUCUCGCCUUUCUCAUUGUUGUCAUUAAAGCUGUUAUAUAACAACGUUUAUACCAUUAUCUAAAGUGUUGUGAUUUGGGAAUUGUGUAAUGCUAUAUGCAUGCUUGUGCUGUGUGUGCAUGUGUGUGAAUGUGUGUCGAGUUUCAUUAGUGGAAAGUUGUGCAUUCCCCAUCUAUGUCACUGGGAGUCGCCACAAAGGGGAGGGACUUAGGCACCAAGGGACAAUGCUUGUGUUUGUGCAACGGCCCCUGAGUGGCGAUUGGGUCUAUUGGAUCUCUUGACUACGGCUGCUGCACACAUUGUCAGUGUGCAGAGGGGGAAGUGGACGGCUUGAUCUGACUGGUCAGUACACUGACAGAGAAAGGAAGUGUGUGAAGGUUGGCAUACUGCGCCAGGUGGCUGGCCAGGUUGGCCCUGGAAGGUUUGUGUUGAAACCUUUGCCACAGAGAGACAAGAAUUGAAGAAAAUCAGUUAAAGUGUGGCCAAGAUGGCCGAGCAGAAAGUCAGCCUACCUGCUAAGCUGAUUAACGGGGGCGUGGCUGGAUUAGUGGGCGUGACCUGCGUCUUUCCCAUUGAUCUCGCCAAGACCCGCCUCCAGAAUCAGCAGGGUGCUCGUGUCUAUAGUGGAAUGCUCGAUUGUUUGGCAAAGACAAUCAAAAUGGAGGGCUACUUUGGCAUGUAUCGAGGUGCUGCCGUGAAUCUUACUCUCGUCACUCCAGAGAAAGCCAUCAAACUGGCUGCUAACGACGUCUUCAGACAAAAACUCUCCAAAGAUGGAAAAUUACCUCUGUGGGGAGAAAUCCUUGCCGGCUGUGGGGCCGGAACCUGUCAGGUGGUAGUUACCACCCCCAUGGAAAUGCUAAAAAUACAACUUCAGGAUGCUGGCAGACUGGCUGCUCAGCAGACUGCCACUUCUUCUGCCCCUGCAACUGGUCCGACCCCAUCAUUGGUUCCCUCCCGGGCAGCCCAACCGGGCAACAAUGCACCCCCUCGACCGUCAGCGACCCGUAUCACUCUGGAGCUUCUUAAAACCCGAGGCCUCAGAGGUCUUUAUAAGGGGGCGGGAGCUACACUGAUGAGGGAUGUCCCCUUCUCCAUGAUCUACUUCCCACUGUUUGCCAACCUCAACAUGGUGGGCCGGACUGAGGAUCGCUAUAGCAACCCCCAGGAACGGGCCCCCUUUCUGCAGUCUUUCGUGGCUGGCUGCAUGGCUGGCUCAGUGGCCGCAGUAGCUGUCACACCCCUGGAUGUUAUAAAGACCCGUCUACAGACCUUACAGAAGGGAGAGGGAGAGGACUCUUAUAGAGGCAUCAUUGACUGCACACAACGCAUUUUAAAACGAGAGGGACCAGCAGCGCUUCUCAAAGGAGCAAUGUGUCGAGCACUGGUCAUCGCUCCACUCUUUGGCAUUGCCCAGGGUGUGUACUUCUUGGGCGUUGGUGAGCGUGUGUUAGGGCUGCUGGGAUAGCAGCAGGUGACGUCACCCCAAUCAUCAAAACACACAGUGCUGUUUCUACAGAAGGAGAGGGAGAAAGAAGGGAAGAGAAGAGGAACGAUGUGGAGAGGAAAAGAAGAGAAUGUCCCAGAUAUCAUUUGAGAUGUGAAUAAGAGGUAAAAAUGGAGUGAAAUUCAUGUAUCCAACCAAAGGAGGUUCAAACAUUUUGGGAGAACAGAGGAAGGUUGUUUAAUGCUUACAUAAGAGCCAAUAUUGCACACUAACCAUGUUUAAGAAUCUAAAAGCUGUAAACAAAGUUCUUUAGGUAAGACAGGGUCCUGUUUUGACUAAUCUGGCAGGGGUUUUUUUGUCCUCAGAGUUGAAUUAUGCGAUUUUGUAAUGAUUAAGGAUUUUCAUUUGUUUGUUUUUUUUAAGUCGAUGUAAUUGUUUCAAUGUUAAUGCCAGUUUAACAUGCAGAGAAUUUCAAGUUAGCCAUCCGUAGUUUUAUUUCCCGAAAAGUGUUACCACUGUAGCUCUGUGGCACUUUCAAAACAUUGCUUUGUUUGUUUGAGCAUAAUGACCAGCCUGACUCUGCAACAUUGGCUCAACCAAUGCCGUGAGUUUGGGGCAGAGCUACCUGUUCUCACCGACUAAUGGCAGACAGAGGGAGUGAUCUAUUUGAAAAACAUCUUUAGGUGUGUUCGUCUUCAUGCAGCGCUGCGCAGACCGAUCGGCACCGGACAUGAAGCAGUGCAUGUCGGUUAGAAAUUUUGUCCAACUUUAGACAUGCGCCAAUGCCGUGUCACCAUGGCAUAUGCCAUCAAAAAACCACGAGAACGAUUCGAGACCAGCCGCCUGGCUCAGCCAGCGCAGUUGCACCAAAGCGGCUGCAUAACCUCUGAUGACGACAUGGCUUAUUCCAAUUGGCCAGACUCACCGAUGACAAUGGUGACUGUAUUCAUCAGCACAUAACCUUUUCAAAUAAAUGUUUCUGGUUACUAUAUGUAAAAUUCAAACCUCUGCCUAUCUGAAUUCCACUUCGUCUGCAAUAAAGAAAGCAAACAUCGUGCAGCCUUCCGUGACGGCUUGACGGCUCUCUUUUCAACUCCUCCCCUGACGGCAACCAGCAAAUCUCGCCGAUUGGUAAGGCAAAGCGCAGUUCAAGUCAAACACACCUAUUAUUAUUGCAAUAGAGCAACAAUUUGGUUCCGAAAGUAAAAAUCUCAUUAAUUUUUUGCCAUAGGGGAUUUUAUUAUUAACAAUAACUAAUAAACCUUUAAAGACCAUAUGCUCCGAGUUUGUUAAUCGAUGGUAUAUGCUUAGCUAAAGCCAUCAUUCUGAGUUCUUUCAACAUAUUUAAGAAAAAAAAUGUUUUAUUUAAUAGCAGAAUUCCUGUUAAAGAACUACAUUGUCCAUGACCCUGAGGGGGAAAAUCCACCAAUCCAUGGCGCAGUGACGCUUUGUGGAUGACAACCAAGUUGGUCUCUCUAUGCUCUAAAACUGCUUAUAUAGUGAAUGUUACAUUUAAAUAAUUAUUUUAAUAUUUUUCCACAGUUUUUAAUUCAAUAACAACAGUUGUAAUGCCUAAUUGGACUGCAGUUCAGACGUUAAGUGCACAUUCUUGUUCUUUUGUCUGAUUUUCCAAUAAUGUAUUGCUUCAAAACAAGGUUUGGAAUGUUGUGAUUCACCUUGGAGCUAGUUGGUUUGGUUCAUGGUUUAGAACUGUUUUAUGAAGGAUUAUAUGAAAUCACUAUGGAAAAAAAUGAAUGGGAAACAUACUUCCGGAACCAAGACGCCUGAAAUUGGGCGGGUGCAUUUGCCCUUAAUUUUGUUUGGUUAAACUAGUAGCACAGAAAUUACAUACUUUACCUUUAAAAUCCAAGUUUUAAACCAAGAUAAAUCAUGAUGAACAUAAUGAUUCAUUUGUUGGUAAUCUACAUUAAGGUGUAUUUAGAAGGCAGAAAGUAGAUUUGAAUCAAUGUUGAGAUGGAUCAGAACCGUCUAAGAUUAUGGAUGAAUCACACCCUUUAAAAAAAAAAAAAAGAAAAAAAAAAGCAAAUCAGUGUAUGUACAGGGUCUGUUUUCCUAAUCUUUGUAAUGUGGUUGCUACUUUUAAUCCUAGUCUCUCCGUAAAUCUCAGUACAUCUGAAGAGACUGCUGGGUUUUGCUGUUGAGGCCUUGUCUUCCUGUCACAUGUUCCAUUGAGGGACAACAUUACAUGUCUUGUAGGGAAUAAUAGCAUAAUUAUGGGCUUAAUUUUUUAAUGCUUCUCUAAGUGAUAUUUUUGAGUGCACAAUAAAUUAAAUGCAAUAAAGCCUUAUCCUUGCCAAUUAAGUCUUUUACUGAAAUUUUCACUGAAAAUGUAACAAACGUAACAAAAAGGACCGGUUGUUUUUAAAGUAUUGAAACACUUUUACAUAAUUUGUGUCUUUGUUUACUUUUAUGUGGAUAAUUAAUUGUAUAGGAAUUAAUAGUGCCCUCCACGUUUUUUGAUUGGGAUGUUUAUUUUAAUUAUUAUUCUUUAGUAAAGGGCACAGUGUGAUAUGUCAGAAUUAGACUGUUCUAACUAUGCAGAGGAACACGAGAUCAUGAAUAGAGAACAAGAUAAAUCUUAAAUGCACUUCUAUGAAAAGAUAAUGAGAUGGAAAAGGGAGAAAACUUUGAUGCUUUUAAUUGCACACAUUUGUAUGAACAUUUCAAAAUAAAAGUCCUUGCAUAUUAGUUAAUCAGAAAACUUGGAUAUGCAAUCAUUUUGCAUGUUUGCAAUAGAGCUGUUCAGCUUGUAGUCCAAAAAUCUGGAAGAGAAUUCGCCAUGGCCCCGG